CUGAUCGUCCUCAGACCAGCAGCACCCAGAGCUAGCACAAGUACGAGCUAUGACGGAACAUGUCGACGUAAAAGGUCUCGCUAUAAGGUGCUGGCCUUGAUAAGCAGUGGAGUUUCUGGCCACCAAGCAGAGUGGAAGCUUCAACUGGAGGUUAAUUAUGUCUUGUCGCUAAAAUGGGGGGAAGUGGAUCCAAAGUCAAAGGAGUCUGGCCUUUCUCAGGCAGUGGAGGCGAUUCAGGAAAUGAGGGAAACGAGCAAACUUUGGCCCGCCUGAAAGGUUCCAAGAAUGCAACACCAUUUGUUUUCACAAGAAGGAGUUCCCUGUACUACGAUGAGGAUGGUGACCUCGCCCAUGAAUUCUACGAGGAGAUGGUGGUGACGAAAAAUGGCAGAAAAAAGUCCAAGUUGAAGAGGAUCCAGAAAAAUCUGAUUCCUCAGGGAAUCGUGAAGCUCGAUCACCCCUGCAUUCAUGUAGAUUUCCCCAUCGUCCUCUGUGAAGUGUGAGAAGUUGCACCGGACUGAUGAUUUGCAAUCAGAGCAACAUUC